UUCAACGAUCGAUCCACGUUUGCAGACAACAAUGUCAGUAACAUAACGCCCCAAAAAAAACAUCCUCAACUUCUGCUACCUUGUACACUCUUUAUUUAACACCACACUCCAACAUUCACUCACACACAAACACAAACACAAACACAAACACAGUUUUUGUCUUUGUGGUUGCUUUCACUUUUCUCCAUCAAAUCACACACACAAAAGUGAUCUCUUUUCAUGGAGAAUCAUCCAUCAUCUCAAUCAUCAUUAGCAGAACUCAUUGAGUCUCUAGAACAAGCCACAUUCAUGGCAAAACAGCUCUCAUCAUCAUCAUCCACCAAUCCCACCAAUCUUCAUCAAAUCCACAAUUCUUUGCACCAUGCCCACCACAACCUCUCCGUCUUCCUCUCCACUCUCCACCCGCCGCCGGCGCCGGAGAACUCUGUCUCUUCUGCCAAUGGCGCCGCGACGCAGCCGGGUGAUGACGGCGAUGAUGAUGAUGAGGAGACUUCCAAGUGUGCAAUUGAGAAUGUUGAGCAGAAAAUGAAGGACUGCUUCAUCAAGAACAAGCGCCCCAAACGGCGCCUAUCGCCGCCGCCGCCGCCGGCGGUAGAGGAGAAGGGGUUUUCCGAUGAGGGGUUUGUGGAGGAGUAUGAUCCGCAUGCUUUGAGGUUGAGGGCAUUGGACAAUGGGUGCCGGUUUCAUGGCUAGUGUUCAUCAUCAUGUUAAUUUGCUCUGGUUCUUUUCUUCUGGAUUCGAUUAUUCAUUUUGCUAUAUAAAUUUUGAAUCUUUGUUUAGGACGAUUAAUUUUGUUCAGGACCAUGGUUUUUGGGCAUGGAAGAUUUGGGAUGUAAAUUAACCAAGAACUAUUCAAGCUUUUUGUUUUGCAAAAUGCCUGUUUGAAUGUAAAAAAUAGC